AUGCAUCCGCCGCUGAUGCUCAUCCUCUCGCUCCCUGCGGUCGCCGCUUCGCCACAGAUCCUCGGUGUCUCGCCGUCCGAGGUUGGCUUGCACGGCGGCACCACCCUCAUCGUUCGCGUUCGAGGCCUGCAGAAGCCAGGCGGCGACGCCGCCUCGGCGGCCCGCGGCUUGGCUGAGAUCCGGGUCGGCGGCGUGCCGUGCGUCCACGACCCCUCCCACUCCAACCCCGCGGGCACGAGCGUCGCCUGCGUCGCGCCUCCAAUGGCCGACCCAGGCUCGCACGCAGUCACGCUUCACCAGACGACAGAGGAGAACAAGCCGACCACGACGGGAUGUCCGGGCUGCCGCCUCUCGUACUCGCCCCUGCUGACCGUCAACGCCUCCUUCGAGCUCACGUCCCGAGGGCCGCUCGCGUCCUCCGCUCCGGCCACGGCCGAGGCGGUUGCGGGAGACUCCCUCUUUGUGACGCUCUCGGGCGUAGACGGCGACCUGGCACGCUCCCAAGUCACGGUCGUCUUUGCCGCUGUCGGCCCGGACGGACAGCCCGUCAGCGGCGGCGCCGCGCCGGUCCGACCAAACGACUACCACACCGUCCUCCGCCGCGCGGAAAGCUCCGCCGGAGAGUGGCACUUGCGCGUCCGCGUGCCUCGCUCCCUCGUGGCGGGAUGGCACAAGAUGGAGGUGCGCGUCGAGCGUCGGGGGCCGUCGGAGGCGGCGGCGCACGGGCGGGUGCGCUGGGGAGGGGGCGCGACCGCCGCGCUGCUCCGCGUCCACCCCGUCGUCGACCGCGUCUCCGCGUCUCGCUCCGGCCUCAACGGCGGGGCCCUCCUCACCGUCUCUGGAUCGGGCUUCUCCGCCGUCGCGUCGGAGAACGAGCUGAGCGUGGGAGGCGCGCACGCGGCAGCGGCGUGCGAGGUCGUCGAGGCGGACUCGCACCGGCUAGUCUGCCGGCUGGCCGAGGCGGCGACGCCAUCGCAGGUUGGGAAUCCGGAGGAGGAGACAGUGUUUGCCUCGCCUGCGACUUGGGCGGUGGCGCCGCUUGAAGCGUCGCUGCUGCUGCCCUGCCUGCCGCGCUCGGUCACGAUCGACGCACUGCAGGCCUGCGCGGGUGGGGACGGCGUGGAGGAGGCGACGCGGCUGCCGCUGCGUCACGAGCUGGACUUCCCCAGCGACAAGCCCCUCGCCCUUGACGACGGCGCCUUCCGGCACGACGCGUUCGUCGCGACGAUGGACGCGUCCAUCACCCCGCCCCUCGACGGCAGCUACGCCUUCGCGCUCGACUGCGGCCGGCUGCACUCUCCGCGCUUUUGCGAGGCGGCGCUCAUCUUGGGCGGCGACGACGGCGACGCGACCGCUGAGGUGAUCGACCUAGCGGCCGGCCCUUCGCCGCCCGUCGAGCUCUCCGCGGGCCGGCGGUACGAGCUGCGCCUCCGCUUCGCGCACGUCGAGCACGGCGAGCGGCUUCGCCUCGCCGUCAACGUCACCCGGCGCGUCACCGCCGACCAGCACCACUCGCCGACGGUGGCGCUCUGGGCGAUGCCCGCGUCGUGGCUCUCGCCCGCCGGCCUCUCGGAGCCGCCCUCGGGGGCGCUGCCUCCGCCACCCGGCCGCGUUCGCCUGGCCACGCGCGGUGCAGUGGCCGACUGCCGCGCCGCCGACGGGUGCGGCUUCUCUCUCUCAAGCGCCGACACUCCCGUCCUGAGCGGCUGCUGGGUCGAGGCGGCGGAGAAUGCAAGCCUCGCCCGCCCCGGCCGCAUCCCGCUGACCGACCGUCUGCCCGCCACUCUGGAAGCGGGGACGACCAUCGCCUGCGAGGGGACGGGGCUCCACCUCACCCACGCGGCGCUGCACCCGCCGGCGGGGGGCACGGCCGCACGCCACGACCCUCCGCUCCUCUUCGCCGGCGAAGCCGAGCUCUGCCGCACCGCCGCCACCGCUGCAGACGGGAAGGAGGUGAGCGGCGGCGGCUGGGCCUCGUCGCACCGGGCGCUCUACGUGCUUCCCGAGGCGGCGCCAGCCAAGCCUGGCCCGUGCCCGCCCCCGGCCGGAAGCGUCAACGGCCGGGACAGGUUUUCACUUUUCAACGAGCCUCCGCGCGACGCUGGGGCGGCGGCGGCCGCCACCUGGAAGGCGUACCAGGCGCGGUGCGCCUCGGAGCUCGCGGGGUACGAGAUCGUGGGCCCCGCCGUCCACAACGGCCUCGACUGGAUGCGCGACUUUUACAGCGCCUUCUUCGCCGCGUGCCCAGAGUGCCAGGAGCCGGCCAGCCCGCUCUACGUGACGUACAUUGCCUUUCACGCCUACGCAACCGCCUCCGACACCGCCGGCGUGGUUGGGUCGAUGGUGUGGACGCACGACGCGGCGUGCACGCUGCAGGCGGAACCGUGGGCGCUUGGCCGGCCGGUGCUCCUCACAGAGUUUGGCGCCCAGCUAAACGUGCAAGACAACGUCGUCGUCUGCACGGCGUGGGACGUCUGCCACGUCGACACCGCCAUCACCGACGCCGUCUUUGCGAGCGGCAUCUACCUGCACGGCAUGUCAAACGACUUUGUCGACAACCGCGUCGCCAACUGGCAAAACACCAUCUUCUCGCCCGGGGGGACGGUCCCCUUUGGCAAGGGCGGCGCGUGGGGCAAGAUCUGCCCCCGCCACGCCCCGUUUGGCGUCUGGCGCGGCCACACGUCGGCUGUAGGCUCCACCGAGUGGUGCACCGUGGAUAACACGUGGCAGCCGUGCGGCGGCUUCCUCCGCGACUGGGAGGAGCUCUUCCGCGGCCCGAAUUCGUGCGACUGGCACAAGGCGGACGGCUCGGACAACGGGGUGCUCAACGUGAUCGAGGACUCGCUCGAGUACCACUCCACCUUUGUCGGCCACUACACGCUGGGCGACAUCGCCUUCGACCGGAUGAUCUCUGUCUACAAUGGCCACUCCAUGUACUGGAAGGCGUACCAGGCGCGGUGCGCCUCGGAGCUCGCGGGGUACGAGAUCGUGGGCCCCGCCGUCCACAACGGCCUCGACUGGAUGCGCGACUUUUACAGCGCCUUCUUCGCCGCGUGCCCAGAGUGCCAGGAGCCGGCCAGCCCGCUCUACGUGACGUACAUUGCCUUUCACGCCUACGCAACCGCCUCCGACACCGCCGGCGUGGUUGGGUCGAUGGUGUGGACGCACGACGCGGCGUGCACGCUGCAGGCGGAACCGUGGGCGCUUGGCCGGCCGGUGCUCCUCACAGAGUUUGGCGCCCAGCUAAACGUGCAAGACAACGUCGAUCAGUGGCUCACGGCCAUGGACACCAUCUUCGACCCGCCUGCAUCGGUGCCGUCCGUUUGCAUCGAGGAGGCGUACUACUUUGCCGAGCACGGCUUUGGUGGGCUCGCCUACGAGAAUGAGUUCCAGCCGUCCACAACCACGACAGCAGACAGCGCCUCGCGGGCGUGGGCGACCCUGGCAGUGGGCCCGGACGUGACCGCGAGUUGUGGCGCACGGAUUGACUGGCUCCAGUUCGACCCCUCCGGGCCAGGGAUCAGCCUGGAAGCCGCGUGCACCCAGGUUGCCGUCGACGAGUUUCCAAGCGAAUGCGGCGCGUGCAGCCCGAGCGGGCAGUACUCGUGCGGCGGCCGCAUCUCGUGGUUGCGCAGCGCCGACGGGGGAGGCAUGGCCGAGAUGGCUGCGUGCGAGCGAGUCGCCGAUGAGUUUCCGGCCGAGUGCGGCGGCUGCGACCCCGCCGGCCCGCCCGCCACGUGGACGCUGCACGCCUCGACAAACUGCUACGCCGGCUUUGGCGCGGAGGACUUGGAGACGCCGGGCGGGAGUCCGUGCUGCACCCUCCCGUCGAAGGAGGACUGCUUCGCGCAGUGCGACGCGACGGCGGGCUGCGAGGCGGUCGUCGUGACGUCGACAGAGCCGGUCCUGUGCUACCGGCGCGGCUCCGUGGACCUGUCCUCCUGCCUGCAGGACUAUGUUGGAUACGACACAUACAUUCGGCCCACUGGAGCACCUGUUUCUGGCUCGCCGCAGCGCCACGCCGAGCUGGCGGCCGCCAUCGCUCAGCAGCGGCCCGACGUGGCCUCGAUCCAAGAGUGCGUCACCGCCUGGUGUCGCGAGGGCCUGCUGACUGCUCUGCACUCCAUUGGCGACGACCUCCGUGACUACCAGUGGUCGGCCGACGCGUCCGGCCAACGCUGGGACGGCGACAUCCUCUACCGGAGCGGCACGUGGUCAGUCGUGCAAGACGGCACGGUGCCCUACGACGGCAGCAGGUCCAUGUCCUGGGCGCGGCUUCGGCAUGCCGCCACUGCAAGCGACCUGCUCGUCUACGGCAUGCACCAGCUGCCGGGCGGGGAGGAGGUGUGGGGCUACCACGAGCAGAACGCGGUGAUGGUUACGAACCACGCGGCGGCGGAGAAGGCUGCCGGCGGCGACGCGCCGGUGCUGCUCCUCGGAGACUUGAACGAGGACUCGCCCUCCAACCCGGCGCCAUCGAGCCUCACGGCAGGCGGGCUCGCCGUCACCUUUACACUGGCUCACCGCAACUGGGUGGACUACAUCUACACCGAGGAGGGGCGCUUCAGUGUCGUCGCUACCGCCACCGUCGAAGACGCGCCGGGCGGCUCCGACCACCAGCCGAUCGUCGCCGCCGUGCUCGCCACGCCGGCCGUCGGGCCCGACUCCUCGGCCUCUUGCGGCGGGCGCAUCCAGUGGGUGAUGGACAACAUGGGCAAGAGCGAGGCCGACGCGUGCCAGCAGGUCGGCGAGGAGUUCCCGCCGCUGUGCGGGCCGUGCGCGCCGGAGGGCAUCCCCCCUUCGCUGCCGCCGUCGCCGGCAGGGACCGGGGGCGCGGUCGUCGCCCUCGAGGUAGUCACGUACAACCUCUACUGGUGGAACGUCGGCCAGAACAAUCGGUGGGGCGCUCUGUAUGCGACGAUCGAGGGGCAAGCCUUCGACCUGAUCGGCUUCCAAGAGUGCGAGGACGUGAGCACCGUCAUCAGCAACGUGCCGCGCAUGAGUGGCCGCUUCGACUCGUUCGCGCCGACGGGCAUCCCCGGCCCCGGCGACAACCCCGCGCCCGUGGCGUGGGACGGCCAGAGGUUCGAUCGGCUGGGCGCCGGCUGGCUGCAGGUAGGGUCCGACCAGUACGGCCAGCGCGUCACUGUGUGGGUGCGACUCCUCGACCGCACGACGGGGGCGACCGUCUUCUUCGCGAACACGCACGGCCCGCUCGGGGACUGCUCUACCGCCCUGGGCGACAACUGGAUGCGCGCCGUGGCCGACAACAUCGCGCCGGACGACUUCCUCGUCUACACCGGCGACUUCAACUGCGGUGCGGGCUCCGCCGCCAUCAACGUGCUGGACGGCGCGGCGGGCGGCCCUCUCAAGCUGGUUGCGAACGGCGGGAUCGACAUGAUCUUCACCAACGGCGCCGAUGCCGCCUCGUGGCGCUCGGUGAAUGGCUACCCGUCGGACCACCCUCUCGUGGCGGCCACCUUCGAGGCGUCGGCGAUGGGGUGCCCGACAGCGCCUACGAGGGAGGCACUCUCGUCCUGCGCGACCUUCUGCGGCGCCUGUCACGUCGGCGUCAUCUCGGCGGGCACCGCAUCGGGCGCAGGCUCCGCGGAGAGAGGCGUCCUCUUUCAGCGCCUCACGGCGCCGCCGCUGCCGGGCGUGGCCGGGGCCUCGGAGGGCAACGUGCCGUGGAAGUCCUUCCCGAACGACGGCGCCUCGGCGUCGCCCCUGGUCGUGGCGGCGCCCGAGGGGCGGAAGCAGGAGGCGGUGGGGGCGGGACCCUUCUCCGGGGUGGAGGUCUGCGGCGAGGCGCCACCGCCCGGCGGGCUCUGCUCGUUUGUCGGGAGCUGCACGGAGGCCGUGCUCGCCACGCCGGCCGUCGGGCCCGACUCCUCGGCCUCUUGCGGCGGGCGCAUCCAGUGGGUGAUGGACAACAUGGGCAAGAGCGAGGCCGACGCGUGCCAGCAGGUCGGCGAGGAGUUCCCGCCGCUGUGCGGGCCGUGCGCGCCGGAGGGCAUCCCCCCCUCGCUGCCACCGUCGCCGUCGGGGCCGGCAGGGGCGCUCUCCAUCAUGUCGUAUAACACAAAGUAUGACGGGUACCCUUGCUGCGGCUCCGACCUUGUGCCAAGCUACGGAGCGCACAUCCGCGACCUUGGCCCCGCCAUCGUCGGGCUGCAAGAGUGCCAGGACGCAAACUACCUCGCCGGCCAGACGGGAGGCCGGUACCAGGUGGCGUUUGUGGCGGGCUCGUCGGGGCGGAUGGACAUCACCAGCGACACGUACGCUCAGAGAACCAUCAGCUGGGCGAAGUUCUCGAGCGGCGGGUCGGAGUUCUGGUUCUUCAACACGCACCUGCCGCACAACCUCGGCGCCGCCGCGAGCACCGCCACACACUCCCAGAUCGCGCGCGCUCUGCUCGGCAAGAUGGACGAGCUCGGCGCGCGUGGGUCACCCACCGUGGUCACCUGCGACUGCAACCCCUUCGCUUCCAACGGCUCGCCAGAGGGCAGCUUCCAGAGCAACCUCGAGAGCCGCGGCGGCUUCACGACCGUCUAUGUCGGCACCGGCCAGUUUGGCGGCUUUGGCGGCCUGGAUAAGAUCUACGUGUCGGAGGAGGCGACGGGCUUCAACGGGAGGGAUACGGGGACCGGCUCGAGCGAUCACCCGGCGAUCACGGCGCAGCUCGCGCUCCCGUGA